GCAGGGGGAGGUGCCCGGAAGAGCCUGUUUCCUCGUCUUGUUCUCAGACUCUCUGGCUCGGGAUAGGGCGCGGCGGCGGCGAGGAGCAAAAAGUGACCGGCCACCGGCAGACAAAGCGGCGGAAACAGCAGGAGCCUGGGUUACUCUGUGGUAAUAACCGCCACCACAGCGGAAGAGCAGCAGCAGCAGAAAUGACUGCCAUUAAUGCAGGAAAUGUUAACUUCAAAUGGGAUCCAAAAAGCCUGGAGAUAAGGACACUUGCAGUUGAAAGGCUGCUAGAACCUCUUGUCACACAGGUUACAACACUGGUCAAUACCAGUAAUAAGGGUCCUUCCAACAAAAAAAGAGGUCGGUCUAAAAAGGCACAUGUUCUAGCUGCAUCAGUUGAACAAGCAACAGAGAAUUUCUUGGAGAAAGGGGACAAAAUUGCAAAGGAGAGCCAGUUUCUUAAAGAAGAGCUGGUGGCUGCUGUGGAAGAUGUUCGUAAACAAGGAGACUUGAUGAAGAGUGCUUCUGGGGAAUUUGCUGAUGACCCAUGUUCUUCCGUGAAACGAGGGAACAUGGUGAGAGCCGCCCGUGCCCUCCUGUCAGCAGUUACCCGGCUACUUAUUUUGGCUGAUAUGGCGGAUGUAUACAAACUGCUUGUUCAACUUAAAGUUGUAGAAGAAGGAAUCCUAAAGCUGAGAAAUGCUGGUACUGAACAAGAUCUAGGAAUACAGUAUAAAGCUCUUAAACCGGAGGUGGAUAAGCUUAACAUAAUGGCAGGCAAGAGACAGCAGGAAUUAAAAGAUAUCGGUCAUCGUGAUCAGAUGGCUGCAGCCAGAGGAAUUCUUCAGAAAAACAUUCCUAUACUUUACACUGCUUCUCAAGCAUGUCUCCAGCAUCCAGACGUAGCUGCUUACAAAGCCAACAGAGACUUGAUCUACAAGCAAUUGCAGCAGGCAGUGACAGGAAUCUCUAAUGCAGCCCAAGCAACUGCUUCUGAGGACUCAGUUCAGCAGCAGGGUGGUGGCGGAGAGUUGGCUUACGCACUCAACAACUUCGAUAAACAAAUUAUUGUGGAUCCUUUGAACUUCAGUGAAGAGCGUUUUAGGCCUUCCCUGGAAGAGCGCCUGGAGAGCAUCAUUAGUGGUGCAGCCCUAAUGGCUGACUCAUCCUGUACACGUGAUGACCGACGGGAACGCAUAGUUGCAGAGUGUAAUGCAGUGCGACAAGCCUUGCAAGAUCUGCUUUCGGAAUACAUGGGAAAUGCUGGACGCAAAGAAAGAAGUGAUGCUCUAAACUCUGCAAUAGACAAAAUGACAAAAAAGACAAGGGAUUUGCGUAGACAGCUCCGCAAAGCUGUUAUGGACCAUGUUUCAGAUUCCUUUCUGGAAACAAACGUGCCACUUCUAGUUUUGAUUGAAGCUGCCAAGAAUGGGAAUGAGAAAGAAGUUAAGGAAUAUGCACAGGUUUUCCGUGAACAUGCCAACAAGUUGAUUGAGGUUGCAAAUUUGGCCUGUUCUAUCUCAAAUAAUGAAGAAGGUGUGAAAUUAGUUCACAUGUCAGCAAGCCAGCUUGAAGCGCUCUGCCCUCAGGUAAUUAAUGCAGCUUUGGCUUUGGCUGCCAAGCCACAAAGCAAGCUAGCUCAAGAAAAUAUGGAGAUGUUUAAAGAACAAUGGGAAAAGCAAGUACGUGUCCUGACAGACGCUGUGGAUGAUAUCACUUCCAUUGAUGACUUCCUGGCAGUAUCAGAGAAUCAUAUUCUAGAAGAUGUAAACAAAUGUGUCAUUGCUCUCCAAGAAAAAGAUGUUGAUGGCUUAGAUCGCACUGCUGGUGCAAUCCGUGGUCGUGCAGCAAGAGUAAUUCAUGUUGUCACUUCUGAAAUGGAUAAUUAUGAACCUGGGGUGUAUACAGAAAAGGUUUUGGAAGCAACAAAGCUUCUGUCAAACACAGUUAUGCCACGUUUUACUGAACAAGUAGAAGCAGCAGUAGAAGCAUUGAGUUCUGACCCUGCUCAGCCAAUGGAUGAAAAUGAAUUUAUUGAUGCUUCGCGAUUGGUAUAUGAUGGAAUUCGUGACAUCAGAAAAGCAGUGUUGAUGAUCAGAACUCCUGAAGAAUUGGAUGAUUCAGACUUUGAGACAGAAGACUUUGAUGUGAGAAGCAGGACAAGUGUUCAGACGGAAGAUGAUCAACUUAUUGCUGGCCAAAGUGCAAGAGCUAUCAUGGCUCAACUCCCUCAAGAGCAAAAAGCAAAAAUUGCUGAGCAAGUCGCCAGCUUCCAGGAAGAAAAGAGCAAAUUGGAUGCUGAAGUGUCCAAAUGGGAUGACAGUGGCAAUGAUAUUAUUGUUCUGGCAAAGCAAAUGUGCAUGAUCAUGAUGGAAAUGACAGACUUCACCAGAGGUAAAGGACCACUAAAAAAUACAUCUGAUGUGAUUAGUGCUGCGAAGAAAAUUGCAGAAGCUGGGUCAAGAAUGGAUAAGCUAGGACGGACUAUUGCUGAUCAUUGCCCAGAUUCUGCCUGCAAGCAGGACCUGCUUGCCUAUCUGCAGCGAAUUGCUUUAUACUGCCACCAGCUGAACAUCUGUAGCAAAGUGAAGGCAGAAGUUCAAAACCUUGGAGGAGAACUUGUGGUGUCUGGGGUGGAUAGUGCUAUGUCACUGAUUCAAGCUGCAAAGAACUUGAUGAAUGCUGUGGUACAAACAGUGAAAGCUUCCUAUGUGGCAUCCACCAAGUACCAGAAAUCUCAAGGGAUGGCUUCUCUGAACCUUCCAGCAGUGUCUUGGAAAAUGAAGGCUCCAGAGAAGAAACCACUAGUCAAGCGAGAGAAACAAGAUGAAACGCAGACCAAAAUCAAGAGAGCCUCCCAGAAGAAGCAUGUCAAUCCAGUGCAAGCACUCAGUGAAUUCAAGGCAAUGGAAAGCAUUUGAGCAGAAGGAGUAUUCUGGAAUUCAUUAUUACGACUUUCAGAAUUUCUUCCAGUAUUCUGUGGAUUAUGUUAAAAUUCAUUAUUAAAUAAAUUUUGAUAAAAAAUCAUUUAGAGUAAAAGGAGGUAAACAGAUUUAUUAAGCAUAACAGUGCAACCUUAAAUCUGUGAACACAGUAAUUUAGUAUGAAAAAUGCUGUUUAGAAUUCUCUGGCAUUUUUUUUAGCUGACUUUUUAAGUAAUAAAUCCUGCUUUAAAUCUAUUCUGUAACCAAAGAUGAAUUUACAGUAACAUUAAUAAUCCUUCACAUAGCUGGAUCAUGUCAUUCCUUUAGAAGAAAAGUGGACCUUCUCAAUCUGAAAGUAGAAGGAAAUGUGUGGUUUUAUUAAAGUAUAUAAUGCUUUGGGUGGUUAGAGAAUAAGCUUUGUAUGUUGAAAUAAUUGGUAAAGUGGUAAAUGAUAGCUGCUGCUUAAAACACUAAGACAACUGUAGAAAAUGAUUUUGAGGAAGUAAUAUACGUAGCAUUCCCUUCUAAUUGAAGCAAGCUUUGCCCUCUUUAUUUGAAAUGGAACACAUUGGUGCAUUUGUUCUGAAUUGCUGGAAUCCAGGUUACUGUUAAAGAUGUGUGUAUUAGAAGUGCAUAGCAGGGAGAGGUGAGUUAUGGUCACCCAAGCAUUUCCAAAAUACUUUCCAGUAGGCCUCUUAUGAGAACAUCUGUAGGAGCCUGUAGGAACACAACCCUAAAGGAACUUUGUGUACAAUGCACAAUGCAUCGUGAAGAAAACUGAAUACUUUUCUUGAGACAGUGAGAAUGUUAAUGCUUGGUUACAGAUUACUGAUGUACUUUGCUGUAAGACUCUAAUAAAAGUUGUUUGUACCAGCCGGUGCUGUAAAUGUUGCAUGUUUUCUCUCAGCAUUUAGAUGCAAAUCCAUCAUUGUGUUCUUCUAAUAACUGCUAUGCAUCCUGCCUUAGGCUUAAAAAGAAGCAUAGAAAAUGGUGUUUAUUCAGACUGCAAUUUAGUUUUUAUUUGUCAUAACGGGAGCUUUGUGGUAUAAUUAUGCUGUUUUCAAAUUUUUAUGGAUGUCUGUUUUUAUACUUUUUUCCAAUAAAGUCCAGUAUAAAAAAAAA